AUGGGUUAUUCGCAGUUUUCCACUCGAGCAUCCAACAUUUCAUCAAUCACAUCAUCCAUCAUGAUGAGAAAAAUCGAACGCGGCGAUCCUCAGGGGUUCGAUAUCGACUUGUCUAAAAAUGAUAAUUGCCUUCUUCGAGAGGAGCUAGCCGUCAACUGCAAACCCACCAUAAAUGACGAAUUGCAUCCGCAUCACUCGUAUGCGAGAGGGGUUGCGAGAGAGCCAACGCUUCAGGGAAGCCUCGCAAAUUUAUUUAACAACUAUUUUAAUCCAUGCGUACCUGUCAGCCCACAUCAUAUUACCAUAGGGCCAAGGACGAAAAGUUGUAUUGAUGCGUUGCUUUAUGAGAUAUGCGACCCCGAAGACGGCGUCUUAGUGCCAGGACCAUGUUGGAAUGGGGAUGAGGUGGAUUUUCGAGAUCGUUCAUCUGUCCAGCCGGUUUUAGUCAAAACAGAAAAAUUCACGGAUAUUUUCACAACAAAGUUGAUACCCAAGAUGGAGGAAGCGAUGGAUAACGCAACCUGCAAGAUAAAAGCCCUCAUCCUAACGAACCCACAUAGCUUAUUCGGACAAUGCUAUACCCAGGAAGUUCUGGAAGCCUGUCUCAAGUUUUGUCAGCGACGGGAUAUACACCUAAUUGCUGAUGAAGUGUAUGCAAUGACGACAUUUUCCAGUGCGGAGAUUUCUGACCCAGCUCCAUUCAUUUCGGCCCUGUCCUUGGAUACUAGCGCAUUGCGAUGUGACCGGUCUCGCAUCCACACAAUAUGGGGCACCAGCAAAACUUUUGGCUCCAGUGAAUGUCGAAUGGAUAACGGAGAGGCCAAUUUUAGACCUACAGCCGCAUCCAAUACUCAGCUUUCCUUGCUUUCUGCAUUGUCCGCAACCUCUCUUCUUUCCUCACCCACACUACCUCUGUUAGUCGCAUUGAGCUCGGCUAGGUUAGCAGAAUCAUAUAUCCUCGUAACUACAUUUUUUAUUCGCCAUCAUAUCGACUACAUCCCAGUAAACGCAGGAUUAAAUAUAUUUGCAAGGCUGGCACCAAGUGCGAAGACCUGGGAAGACGAAUCGGCUAUAAUAACGAAACUCAAAGCGAAAGGAGUGGUAGUUCAAGGUGGAGGAAGCUACCUCAAAGAGAAGGGGUGGGUACGAAUAUCGUUUGCUCGAGAAGAGCACUUGCUCCAAGAGGCCCUCCAUAGGAUUAUAGCAGCACUGGAUUUUGAGUCGUAA